UGCCACGUGUAAAAAUCCAGGGAAAAUGGACCGCGGAAAGAUAACAAGGCCUAUAUGCGAACACAGCCUGUGUGAAUUAUUUGAGAGUGGAUAGAUCCGAUGUGACUUAAAUAUGGGUUCAUUUUCCCAACGUUUGUCACGGUCAUGGUAGGGCCUACAUAGCUACGUAGUACAUGUACAUGUUCAUACUCGUAGUAGGCAAAGGUAGAGGCGCACGUCACAACUUGCGGACUGUCCUGUAUUUGGAGAAGUCUUUUUAUUUGGGAAAAACCCAGUCCCCUGAGAGAGAGAAUGCCUCCUCAAAAGGGGAUAGGACGUCAAGCGGUGUCUGUAAUCAGGUGGUAGUCUGAUUGUGGUUGUCUUGGAUGUCAACCCAGUGUGGUGGGGAUUGCAGGAUGUCAAGAACAACAAAGGACUGACGCUGUUUGAAUGUCUCGACCACGUCAUGACAUUUGUCAAUUCUCAUUUGAUGAUGAGCCACAAGAACGGAGUUGCUGUCAUUGCCAGCCAUACAAAUGAGAGUCGGUUCUUGUACCCUGUCAAGGAAUCGGCAACCAUGGCUGAAGAAGCUGAGGGCACCAGACACAUCGAGGAUGGCAAAUAUGAACACUUUGCCAAAGUCAAUGACGCCAUGCAAGAAGAACUCAGAGGGCUCCUAGUCCAUAAUCCCACCGUUGUUCACACAGACACCUUGUUGGCUGGUUCACUAGCCAUGGGCUUGUGCUACAUACACAGGACACAGAAGGAAUGUGCAGCUGGCCAGCAAAUUAAGUCAAGAUUAUUGGUCAUCAAAGCCGCGGAUGACAGUGCCUCGCAGUACAUGAACUUCAUGAAUGUAAUCUUCACCGCGCAAAAACAGAGCAUUCCAAUUGAUGCUUGUAUUUUGGAAAAAGACUCUGGUCUACUGCAACAGGCAUGUGAUAUCACUGGCGGAAUGUACCUCAAAAUACCACAGAUUAGUGGGCUUCUGCAGUACCUACUGUGGGCAUUUCUACCAGAUCCCAGUCUCCGGGAUACACUGGUUCUCCCACCAGCCAUCCAUGUUGACUAUCGUGCGGCGUGUUUCUGCCAUCGCACACUCAUCGACAUUGGCUAUGUCUGCUCUGUCUGCCUCUCAAUUUUCUGCACCUACAGCCCCAUUUGUUCCACUUGCCACACUGCCUUUAAGUUGAAAACAGCACCCAUCCUGAAGGCCAAAAAGAAGAGGAAAUCUACCCUCCCAACCAGCUGAUGUGGCAUCUUCAGGUAUUGUUUGACAAAUCGCUUCAAAGAGUUUAUUUGUAUUUUGAUACAUUUUCUACGUGUGGUUAAGUUCAUGUCCUUUUUUUCCACCAUGUAUGUGUGCACGUUGCUACAAUGUGAAAAUGGCAGCCAGUUGUUCAAGUUUCACAAAUGUUCAAGAAAUUCUUUGAUAAUUUGUUUCAGAAAAUUGAUCUUCAUUUUGCUAGUGAUAGAAUGACAAGUGGUCAGAUUUGAGCUGUUAGGCAUCCAAGAUUGUUAAUUUGUUACCAGUAUAAAUGAUUACACGUACCUGAUUUUGCAGUAAUAACAGACAGCUGUAUUGAAUAACUUCAAAUAUUCCUUAUUUUAAUGGGGCCUAAAGAUGUUUUAACCCUAAAAGAGCCAGGGGUGGAAAUCCCCCCACCCCAACAGGUUUUGCCAUAUUGUCACAGCGUAUUUUUAAUGCUCUUAUCCAUCAAGAGUAUUCUCAGUUAACUCUCACUGUCAUUUUAACCCCAAUUUGGUGAAAAUCAGAUGUACUGUUCUCAUGUUAAGCCCAUUUGCCGAGACAUUGUAGCCAAAAAUUGACAGUUUUGCCAUGGGAGUGCUCCAUGCAUGUGUGAGCUGACAGGUGUGACCGUUAACUCCAGACAACUGUAACACCACCGUGUGUUGAAUUGUAGAGACACUCAGAAUCAGCACAAGUUCUCGGUUGUGCUGAUAAGGAGCAUCUCUAUGUGCAUACAAAGUUUCAGAAAAACAUGAGACAGCCAAGUUCUUGGGGCGAGGGAGAGGUAGAAUCUGUCAGAAGCUCAGCUCUUACAGGUUAACUAGUACUGCUUCUGUAGACUUCUGAGUGGUCUACUCAGUUCCGUUGUUCUGUCGGUCUGAUUUGAACGUCAUGAACCUGCAUUCAAGUUAAAAAGGAAAAUUGGAAACCAUAAAUAGGAUGAAUAAGAACAGACUCCCAGCCAUAGGGAAACUGCGCUUCUUGUCAAUGUGCACCAGUGUUUUAGGUGAAUAAAGGGGACGAACAGUGUAAAAGGAAA